AUGUCAAAAACUGGUGGCAAUAUGGAACCCAUGCCGUUCGUUCGGAAAUGGGGAAACGAUUUGAACGACGAAGGUGAUUCAUCUUCGGCACCCGCCCCUUCCCUUGUUGUGCCUCAAAUUUCUUCCAGUUCUACCCGUUCGCCAUCUCGAUCAGAUUCAGUUGCGGAGAAGAAGAAAGAUCGCUCUCGCUCGAGAUCCCGUGAUCGUGACCGUGACCGUAAGAAGGAUCGCAAGAAGAAAGAUCGCUCCCGAUCCCGGGAUCGUGAUCGUGAUCGUCGUUCCCGAUCUCGUUCGCGUGAUAGAGAUCGUGAUAGGGACCGUGAGUCUCGUCGUCGUCGUAGCUCGCGUUCUCGUUCUCCACGUCGUCGAAGCAGAGACCGUCGUCCCGAACGUCGUAGGGAUCGGUCACCACCAUUAAUGGUUCCGAACAGCCCGCAACGAGUCAAAGAGCCAGUUAUCAAUCCACUGAUUCGUGAUGAUUUGGUAUCAGCGGUGGAGAGUGGUGCAGUUGCUAUGGAAGCUGUUCAAGUAGGAUCUGUGGUCCCUUUGAAUCCCACUAAGAAAGAACGAAAGAGUCGUUGGUCUACAACAAAAAGCUUUGUCCCAGGAAUGCCCACUAUUUUACCAGCAGAUUUGACAGAGGAUCAAAGGAACGCCUAUCUUCUUCAACUCGAAAUUGAGGACGCAACACGCAAGCUUCGUCUAGCCGAUUUCGGAGUUCCUGAAGGACGUGAGAGAUCGCCAUCUCCUGAACCAGUCUACGAUGCUAAUGGUAAACGGUUGAACACUCGUGAAGUGAGGAAGCGUCAGGAAUUGGAACAGUUGCGCCACGAAAAGAUUCAAGCCUUGCUGAAAAUCAAUCCAGCUUUCAAGCCUCCAGCAGAUUAUCGUGCUCCAAAUAUUCGUCUCCAUGACAAAGUCUGGAUUCCACAAGAACAAUUCCCUGAUCUCAACUUUGUCGGUCUUCUGAUUGGUCCACGUGGUAACACUCUGAAGAGUUUGGAAGCUGAAACAGGAGCCAAGAUUAUUAUUCGCGGUAAGGGAUCCAUCAAAGAGGGAAAACUUACGAAUCGUUUGGGCCCAAUGCCAGGAGAAAAUGAGCCACUUCAUGCGUAUGUAACGGGAACUGAUAUGAAUGUCAUUAAGAAGGCGUGUGAAAAGAUCAAACAAGUUAUCGCCGAAGCUACUGCUUUGCCAGAUAACAAUGAGCUCAGAAAGUUGCAGUUGAGAGAACUUGCCCUUCUGAAUGGGACUUUCAGACCCGAAGAUUUGGCAAACGGAGCUCGUUGCUCAAACUGUGGUUCCGACGAGCACAAAUCAUGGGAAUGUCCGGAUGCACCGAAUGUCACCAACCAGAUUAAAUGUACGAACUGUGGAGCAUUCGGUCAUAUUUCAAAAGAUUGUAAGAAUCCAAAAGGAAUGUACGCAUCGGAAGUUGGUAUGGAUGACGAAUAUUCUGCACUUAUGGCAGAACUCGGAGAAACACCAGCUGGAGGAGCGAGUGCCGGUGGUCAAGUCGCGUCUGCUGGCGGUGGUAUACAAUCGAUGAGUGAUAUGAGUGCAAGAGGUGGAAGAGGAGGUCAUCAAGGAGGACGAGGAGGUCAUCGUGGAGGCUUCCAGAAUCCCAGAGAAUUGUUCGGACCACCGAAGGGAGAAGAAGAGCAGACACCAGCCAGUACUAUGCAAGGAUACUAUGACCAGUAUCAGCAAUACGCAUACGCUAACCAAUACCAACAAUAUGGGGCUCCAGCCCCAGAUGCUUCAGCUUAUGGGCAUCAAGCAGAUUACAGUGACUUCUAUACAAGUCCUGGAGCCAGAGGAGGCGCUGGAGCAAAGGCAAAUAAAGGAUGGUACGGUAGCGGGUCUUCAAUGCCGAUGCCAGUUCCACCGCCAGGAAGCUUCGGUGGAUUCAUGCCUCCACCACCACCACCGCCACCAAUGCCGGGAGAUUUGUCUUCACUUCUUGCAGCGGCUCCUCCACCACCACCAAGCUAA